UUUUCGUCCGCUGCGCUGCCUCCCUGCAAAAAUGGUGGGGCUCCUGCUCCUGCUGCUCCUUCUCCCCUUCGUCCUGUAUGUGGCCGCGCCCCAAAUCAGGAAAAUGCUAGCCAGUGGGGUGUGUACAUCUACCAUCCAGCUUCCUGGGAAGGUCGCUGUAGUCACUGGAGCUAACUCAGGUAUUGGGAAGGAGACAGCCAAGGACCUGGCUCAAAGAGGAGCCCGUGUAUAUUUAGCUUGUCGAGAUGUGCAAAAGGGGGAAUUGGUGGCCAAGGAGAUCCAAGCCAUGACAGGGAACCAGCAGGUGUUGGCGCGGAAACUGGACCUCUCUGAUACUAAGUCUAUUCGAGCCUUUGCCAAGGACUUCUUAGCAGAGGAAAAGCAUCUCCACAUUUUGAUCAACAAUGCUGGAGUGAUGAUGUGUCCCUACUCUAAGACAGCAGAUGGCUUUGAGAGUCACUUUGGAGUCAAUCACUUGGGUCACUUCCUCCUUACCCAUCUGCUCCUACAGAAACUGAAGGAAUCAGCCCCAUCAAGGGUGGUAAAUGUGUCCUCCUUGGCACAUCACUUGGGAAAGAUCCACUUCCAUAACCUACAUGGUGAGAAAUUCUACCAUUCAGGUCUGGCCUACUGUAACAGCAAGUUAGCCAACAUUCUCUUCACCCAGGAACUGGCCAGGAGACUGAAAGGCUCAGGCGUUACGACCUAUUCUGUCCACCCUGGCACAGUCCAAUCUGAAUUGGUUCGGCAUUCACUUUUCAUGAGAUGGAUGUGGAAGCUUUUCUCCUUCUUCAUCAAGACUCCCCAGCAGGGAGCCCAAACCAGCCUGUAUUGUGCCUUAACAGAAGGUCUUGAGAUUCUAAGUGGGAAACAUUUCAGUGAUUGCCAUGUGGCAUGGGUCUCUUCCCAGGCUCGAAAUGAGACAAUAGCAAGGCGACUAUGGGACGUCAGCUGUGACCUGCUGGGUCUCCCAAUGGAUUGAUAGAUGAUGGCACUUGAAGCCGAAAGAAGGAUGCAGCAGACGAUGCAAUAGUCCCUGUUGAAAUGAUUCUCCUUCAAGGUGACCGAGACCUUGAGUACAAAGAGCAGAAUCUUCCAGCCUUGCCUGCUUCACGUUAAAUCCCUCUACACUGCCAGAUUCGACCAGACUUACUUUGUUCCUGUUACUGCCAGAAUUUCUAGCCACUCAUUGGAGAAGACAGCCCUCAUGUGACCUGCACAGCUCAUAUUUUCCUUCUGAAACCUCCUCCCUAGAAGAAUUGAACCUCUGGAAGGGUUGAAGUAUGGGAUCAUGGACUAGGUUCUUCCCUCUUUGUUCACAACAUAGUUGUUCUUCCCAGCCACCCCAUCUUUAUUUCAACAGGGCCUCAGUCACCCUGCAACUUCAGCUGAGCCCCACAAGUCAUAGUGGCUUGGCUCAAGAGCAGGGCUUCAUGGCACCAAAUCAGGAUUCUUUCAGGAAACUUCACUGAAUCUGGAUUGUGUCCUGGCCUCACCCAGACAACUAAAGCUACUGCUGUUGAGACACUUUCCUCUGUCUAGACCACAGAGGAACUUCCUUUUUCUAAGAAGUUUGUAGAAUUUGGGGGAGGACAGAAACAAAAAUAAAGCUAAACUGUCAUUUUCCUGCUGUUUCUCAGACUAGUAAGAAGGUAAUAAGAGGAGCACUAUGAAAAGAUGGGCCACUUGGCUUCAGUUACUAAACCCAUUCACAUGGAGACCUCCUUUUUGUGCCUUAGUUUCUCUUACAAAACCAGAAGGGGAAAGGAAAGGCAUUUUGGUAAUUGUCAUUGUUGUUAUCUUUGUGUGUCGACUUGUGUAUUUUGCAGUUGGGAGUAUUUUCACAAAAUUCUUAAUAGCUACAAAGAAACAGUAAGACCCAAAGAAACAGUAAGAUCCUAGGGCAGAUAAGUGAUCAGAGAUGGAGCAAGCCAGUGUCAUGGAGUCUUCCAUAUAAUUUAAUUGCAAGGGGAAGCAGCUCAUAUGUAGAUCACUCACCAAAAAGCACAUGGUAGCGGGGAGAAGUUAAAAAAAAAAAAUUCUGGCAGCUAGUGCAUGAAAUGAAGCAACUGGAAGGCAGCAAUAUACAGCUUUAGAAAAAUGAAGGAUGUGCACCCCAGUUAGCAAGACAGAUGAAGUUACUGUUCCAGUCACCAAUCAAUGUGGCAAAACACAAAAACCUUUUUUUUUUGGCAGUCCUGCUGGAGUUUAACUCCAGGCCUUUUCUUUCUAUGCAGGUGCCCUGCCACUUUAGCCAUACUCCAUGCCCUCCAAUUCUUUAUUUAGGAAAAUUAUCCUAAGA